UUAUGCUAUAUCUGGUUCUGGACGUUAUAGCUUGCCUGAGCGGUGCGAAUAUUCGGAUUUCUGUCUUCCAUCUGUAUUGGCGGCUCGCUAGUUCUCAACUUGAAGAAUCAAUAGGCCAGGAUGCGACGGCGAAUGUCUCAUCCUUGUCGAGCCCUCAACAUUACAACAACGGCCGACUAUUCUGUCGUUCGGAAUCGACUUGUGCGGCGUAGUAGACACAGGCUGUCGCGAAUGUUUCGUGUGGCAUAGCGCACUCCAUAAAGAGGGUGUAGAGUUCAAGAGCCUCCUUGUCGGUCGUAGCCAGAAGAGCUCUCGGAGUCCGGGAAACAAGAAACGAGUGGAAAGCCGAAAACCGAGAAACGAGUUGAUGUCGAGCGACUACGCCACUAAGUAGAACGAGAACGACUCG